CCAGUCGUGCCAGAACCACCGACUGGUGCGAAUGUCCUUCUUUCCUCGUUUACCUACUGUCGUGUAUACGUGCGCAUCGGUGAUACAUAACGGUCGUGUUGAACACUCGCUCAUCGCCACCGAAAUUCCAUCGUCCAGUGCAUUUUUAGCUGGUCUUUUGAACCGAUUCGAACGCGAGAGACUGUCCAGAAAAUUAUUCUGUGUGCGAGAGAAUCGCCGUUUCCGUGACACGUAUUAAUGUGGAAGAGUUAACGAGAAGCGAUCAUCGGGCGAACGUUGUUGCCUUUUCCUGUAAACGUGCAUUCAACGAACGAAUACAUCAUCGACGUAUAUUGAAGUAAUUUUGGCUUUCCUGUUCGCGGAACAGUUCUAACGUUCUUGAACCGGUGGCGAGUACCGCCUCGGAAACGAUUUCACGAUCGGCGACGUGAAGUGCUCCGAAAGUGUUGUAACAGCACGGUCGGCGAGGAAGUGUAGCCAUGAAUAAUUCACUCGGUUAAAAGGCAGAACAUCUCCGACUUAGAGGUACCGAGAAGACUCGAGAACAACAGCGUCAAGAUGGGUGAGAUCCUCGGCUCGGCGAGCUUCCUCCACCUGGGCGACAUCGUCAGCCUCUACGCGGAAGGAAGCGUCUCAGGAUUUCUUUCUACCCUCGGAUUGGUGGACGACAGAUGCGUGGUAUGUCCCGAAGCGGGAGACUUAUCAACUCCACCAAAAAAGUUCAGAGAUUGCCUGUUCAAGAUAUGUCCCAUGAAUCGUUACUCCGCCCAGAAGCAAUUUUGGAAAGCUGCAAAACAAAGCGCGAGCGGCACGGAUGCUGUACUGCUCAAAAGACUUCACCAUGCCGCCGAAAUCGAGAAAAAGCAAAACGAAACCGAGAACAAGAAACUGCUGGGCAGCGUGGUCUCCUACGGUAACGUCGUCCAGUUGUUACAUCUAAAGUCCAACAAAUUCUUGACCGUCAACAAGAGACUGCCUGCUCUGCUGGAGAAAAACGCGAUGAGGGUAUACCUUGACGCAAACGGGAAUGAGGGUUCCUGGCUGUACAUAAUGCCCUUCUACAAGCUCCGUAGCGACGGUGACAGCGUAGUUGUCGGUGACAAGGUGAUCCUGGAGCCGGUGAACGCUGGCAGGCAAGGUUUACACGUCGCUUCUAACUACGAGUUGAGCGACAAUCCAGGUUGCAAAGAGGUGAACGUUGUCAACACGGCGACAUCAUGGAAAGUUACACUGUUCAUGGAGCACAGGGAGAAUCAGGAGGAAAUCCUGAAAGGCGGGGACGUAGUCAGGUUGUUUCAUGCGGAGCAGGAAAAAUUUCUAACGAUGGACGAGUACAAGAAGAAGCAGCAUGUGUUCCUCAGGACCACUGGUAGGACUAGCGCUACCGCGGCUACGAGUAGCAAAGCUUUGUGGGAGGUUGAGGUGGUACAGCACGAUCCAUGCAGAGGAGGAGCUGGCCACUGGAAUUCCUUGUUCAGAUUUAAACAUUUAGCAACGGGUCAAUACUUGGCUGCUGAAAUUGACACCGAUGAACCACGUGAGACCACAAAAGGCAAGCGUGAUCCGCCAGGACCAGUGUAUAGAUUGGUAUCAGUUCCACAUAGCAAUGAAAUCAGUUCUUUAUUUGAAUUGGAUCCAACAACGUUAACGAGAGGUGACAGCUUGGUACCUCAGUCAUCCUUCGUCAGGUUACACCACAUAUGUACAAACACUUGGGUUCACUCGACAAGCGUGCCAAUUGAUAAAGAUGACGAGAAACCUGUUAUGUCAAAGGUGGGCUGUGCUAUUAACAAAGAGGACAAAGAAGCGUUUGCUUUGAGAUCCGUGUCGCCGGUUGAGGUGCGUGAUCUAGAUUUUGCGAACGAUGCCUGCAAGGUGUUAGCUGCGAUAAGUGGUAAAUUGGAGAAGGGCACGAUUUCGCACAAUGAAAGGCGAGCUGUGACCAGUUUACUCCAAGACAUAGUAUAUUUUAUAGCUGGUUUAGAGAACGAACAAAAUAAAUCUGAGGCUUUAGAGUUAAUCGUUACGAACGCCGUGAGGGACCGACAAAAAUUAUUACGGGAACAAUAUAUACUGGGCCAGUUGUUUAAAAUACUUCAGGCUCCAUUCUUAGAGUCUGCAGAAGGUGAGGGACCAUUUCUUAGGAUAGAAGAAUUGAAUGAUCCGAGACAUGCGCCGUAUAAAUAUAUGUUUCGUUUGUGUUAUCGAAUACUGAGACUUUCUCAACAAGACUACAGGAAAAAUCAGGAAUAUAUUGCCAAACAUUUUGCUUUCAUGCAAAAACAAAUUGGCUACGAUAUUCUAGCAGAAGAUACUAUUACCGCGCUACUGCACAAUAAUAGAAAAUUAUUAGAGAAACAUAUUACUGCAGCUGAGAUCGAAACGUUUGUGGGUCUUGUUAGGAAGAAUAUGCACAAUUGGGAAUCCAGAUUUUUAGAUUAUUUGUCUGACUUGUGUAUUUCUAAUAAGAAAGCAAUCGCUGUGACUCAAGAGUUAAUUUGUAAAAGUGUAUUGAGCGAAAAGAAUAAAGAUAUAUUAAUAGAAACUAGAAUGAUGAAAACUCAGGUUGAGGUAGAAGAACUUGAUGAAAAACAAGAAAACGGCGAACCACGAAUUACUGUUAUGGAGGAAUUCGAGAUUUUCCUUCUAUGGAACAAUGGAACGAAAUCAAUGUCCUUAAACGAAUUAUCAAGAGGAGCAAAAAUGGGCAGUGUUACAGACGCAGCAAUAUUAGAUUAUUACAGACAUCAAUUAAAUCUUUUUAGCAAUAUGUGUCUAAAUAGACAGUAUUUGGCGUUAAAUAAUUUAUCACCACAUUUGGAUAUCGGUCUUAUACUUAAGUGUAUGGAAGAUGAGACAGUGCCAUAUGAGUUACGUGCAUCAUUUUGCCGACUUAUGUUGCACCUUCAUGUUGAUAGAGACCCACAAGAGCAAGUAACUCCAGUCAAGUAUGCUCGGCUUUGGUCUGAAAUACCGUCGAAAAUGAGCAUCAACGAUUAUGAUGCAAACAGAAUGCGGGAUCAAAAUAAGGAAGGCGUUCGCGCUAAAUUUAGCGCAACUAUAAUGUUUGUAGAAGAUUAUUUAUGUAACGUGGUUGCUAAAAUGUGGUCUUUCGCGGAUCAAGAACAGAAUAAGCUUACAUUUGAAGUAGUUAAGCUGGCACGCGAUUUAAUUUACUUUGGAUUCUACAGUUUCAGCGAUCUUUUAAGACUAACCAAAACGUUACUCAGUAUUUUGGACUGUAUCUCUGAAAAUGACGUAGCUGAGAGAAAAAUUCCUACAGGUGACAUUGAUUCUGAUUCUAUGGAUUCUCAAGAGACAGCUGAAGGUGGAGUACUGAGAUGCAUUGGAGACAUGGGUGCGGUGAUGACGAGUUUAACGUUGGGUUCAGCUGGACAAGUAUUAGCUGGAAGUACCUCACCAAGACCCAAGCCACUUUCGCAGAAAGAGUAUCCCUUGGUGAUGGAUACGAAACUGAAAAUAAUCGAAAUUUUACAGUUUAUACUCGACGUACGGUUGGAUUACAGAAUAUCGUGUUUGUUAAGUAUAUUUAAACAAGAAUUCGAUGAAACUGAACGAGCCUCUGGCGAUUUGAGUCUUGGCCAAAAAACUAUUGACUUAGAAUUGAUAGGUACACAAGCAGAGGGUAUAUUUGGAAGCAGUGAGGAAUGUGUAGCGUUAGAUCUGGAUGGUCAAGGUGGUAAGACGUUUUUGCGCGUUUUACUUCAUUUGGCAAUGCACGAUUAUCCUCCGUUGGUUUCCGGGGCAUUACAUUUGCUGUUUAGACAUUUUAGCCAAAGACAAGAAGUUUUACAGGCAUUUAAACAAGUACAACUCCUAGUUUCUGACAGUGACGUUGAGUCGUACAAACAAAUAAAAUCAGAUUUGGACGUUUUACGACAAUCAGUUGAAAAAUCUGAACUUUGGGUCUACAAAUCCAAAGCUUCGGAAGAACAUGGUGGUAAAAAAAAAAAGAGUAAAGAAGACGAAGAUGAAAGUGCCACUCCUCGUAAAGCGCCACCUCAAUUGUCCACAUCGGAUAAAAAAGGAUCCGCGAUAGAUUUAGACAUUGGCCCGCCAUUACAUGCAGACCAAGCAGAAGAAUACAAAAAGAUACAACAAAUUCUAAUUCGUAUGAACAAACUGUGCAUACAAACGAUAGGUGGUCAAAUAAAACCACGAAAACACGAACAAAGACUUUUACGCAAUGUUGGAGUACAUACUGUUGUCUUAGACUUGUUGCAAGUUCCAUUUGAUGCCAAAGAAGAUGUUAGAAUGAACGAGUUGAUGCGAUUAGCUCACGAUUUUUUGCAAAAUUUCUGCUUGGGCAAUCAACAAAAUCAGGUUUUGCUGCACAAACAAUUGGAUUUGUUCUUGAAUCCUGGUAUACGCGAAGCUCAAACUGUAUGUAGUAUUUUUCAAGACAAUUCGACUUUGUGCAAUGAAGUAAGUGCUAAGGUCAUACAGCAUUUCGUGCAUUGCAUAGAAACUCAUGGGAAACAUGUACAAUACUUAAAAUUCCUUCAAACAGUAGUAAAAGCUGAAAAUCAGUUCAUUAGAAAAUGUCAGGAAAUGGUGAUGCAAGAGAUGGUUCAAUCUGGUGAAGAUGUUUUAGUUUUCUAUAACGAUAGAUCGUCUUUUAAUCAUUUCGUAGAAAUGAUGCGAUCUGAAAGGCAUAGAAUGGAUGAAAGCAGUCCACUCAAGUAUCAUGUAGAAUUAGUUAAAUUAUUGGCAUGCUGUACAAUGGGCAAAAAUGUUAAUACCGAAAUUAAGUGCCAUAGCCUUUUGCCAUUAGACGAUAUUGUUGCUAUGGUAUCACAUCCAGAUGCUAUACCAGAAGUUAAAGAAGCAUAUAUAAAUUUCCUCAACCACUGUUACAUUGAUACGGAAGUAGAAAUGAAAGAAAUUUAUACAUCGAACCAUAUGUGGUCGCUGUUUGAAAAAUCUUUCAUUGUAGACAUGAGCAUAAUAGCAACUGCCACGCACGAUCGCGAACAUGCUGAUACAGCUCUAGAAAAUUAUGUGACAGGCUGCUUAAUGAAUAUCAUUACGACGUUCUUUAGCAGUCCAUUUUCAGAUCAAAGUACCACAGUACAGAAACAUCUGCACGAGGCUAGACUGUAUUGGAGCAUCAAGGAGAGUGACCGGAAUACUGAUAAUAAUCUUACUGGCUAUACACGACAACCUAUAUUCGUUCAGUUGCUCCACGCAGCUUUUAAAGUUUCACAAUGUUCAUGGUUAAAUGCUGGCCAAAGAUUUAACGUGGAAAAUUGUAUACGGACAUUGUCAGAUGUAGCCAAAGGUAGAGGUAUAGCCAUCCCAACCGAUUUGGAAAGUCAAGUUGCUUCUAUGUUUAAUAAAGCAGCAAUGCUUAGUAGACAAACGAGCAAAUGGCUCCAAGCUGCAAAACAACCGAAAAUUGAACGGACGCAAAGCCAGAGUGACUUAAAUAAUGAGGAGGAUAGUAAAGAUGAGCUGAUGCGCUUGGAUCGAAGUAUCAUAGAAGGUUUACAAGACAUAGUAUCGUUACUGGAAGAACAAUUGAAACCAUUAGUUCAGUCAGAGUUAUCUUUGUUGGUGGAUAUUCUCUAUCGACCCGAGUUACUGUUUCCAGCAGCAACUGACGCCCGGAAAAGUUGUGAAAAUGGUGGUUUUAUCAGAAGAUUAAUUAAACAUACCGAAAAACUACUUGAAGAGAAAGAGGAGAAAUUAUGUAUAAAGGUGCUUGGAACUCUUAGAGAAAUGAUGGCCAUUGAUCCUGAAUAUGGAGAAAAAAUCGAAGGUGUCUCGGAAGAAGGAGAAACAGAACAGAAGAUCGAGUCACAAGUUGGAACUGGCUCUGUUGAUGAGUCUGAGACUCGUCAUAUGACUCAGCAAGAGCGGGGCGAUGUAUUAAGGAGCAAUCUUCUGGCUCGUUACUUUGGAAAAUCUUUUCUACAGAAACCAGAAAAUGUAGAUAUUGGAGUUUCACAUAUUGCUCCUAUUACGCAUGGACCAGGGGCGAAACUUUUAAGUCGAGCAGGGCGUACAUUACACGAAGUUCAGAGUCAUCUUGAUCGGGAAGGCGCAUCAGAUUUGGUGGUGGAGUUAGUAAUCAAAAGCGUACACUCUCCAAGUAUAUUUGUUGAAGUUAUUGAACUUGGCAUCGCAUUGUUGGAAGGAGGAAAUCCUAUUAUACAGAAGAGCGUGUUUAAUAAACUAAUGGGCGAUGAUCUGAGUCAGUCGUUUUUCAAGGUCUUUUAUGACAAGAUGAAAGAUGCCCAACAGGAAAUUAAAUCCACAGUAACAGUAAAUACUUCUGAUAUAGCAGCUAAAGCUAACGAGGACAAAGAGCAAAACAAAGAGAUGGAAAAGAUAUCAAGGAAACGUACAUCAGGAAAACCUAACGGAAUUGUAAUAACGGAUGAAUUGCGAGAAGAAUUGAAUCAGGCUGCCUCGUCUACCGCACAAGCUUAUGCAAAUGUGCGUAAUCUCGCUUCCGGCGAAGAUGGAACAGGUAACGCAGCGAUUGGCAGCGCGUUAGAGGAUAUGAUAGCUGAGAAAUUGGAAAGGCAUCGUGGCGGAGCAGGUGGAGAAAGGGACGAAGCACAAUUGAGUGCAAAAGUUUUAGUAAUGCAGCCAAUUUUACGGUUUUUGCAAUUAUUGUGUGAAAAUCAUAAUCGCGAUUUACAGAAUUAUCUCCGCAACCAAAAUAACAAGACUAAUUUCAAUUUAGUAUCGGAAACCCUCAUGUUCUUGGAUUGCAUUUGUGGUUCAACAACUGGCGGUCUGGGAUUGUUAGGAUUGUACAUUAAUGAACACAAUGUUGCAUUAAUCAAUCAGACUUUAGAAACGUUAACGGAGUACUGUCAGGGACCGUGUCACGAUAAUCAAAAUUGUAUCGCUACUCACGAGUCCAAUGGAUUAGACAUAAUAACUGCCUUAAUUCUGAAUGACAUUAAUCCUUUAGGAAAGACUAGAAUGGAUUUAGUAUUAGAAUUAAAAAACAAUGCUAGCAAAUUGUUACUAGCUAUAAUGGAGAGUAGAGGUGAUAGCGAAAAUGCUGAGAGAAUUCUGUAUAACAUGAAUCCAAAACAAUUGGUCGACGUUGCGUGUAGCGCGUUCCAUCAAGAAUCUUUGGACGAUGAUGGUGAUGUUGAUGACUCAUCUACUGAUGGCGAAGAAGGGGUAUCUCCUAAAGAAGUCGGACAUAAUAUUUAUAUCUUAUGUCAUCAAUUAGCACAACACAAUAAAGAGUUAGCAUCAAUGUUAAAGCCAUCCGAACAGAAUAAUGCGGAUCCGAAGAUAAACAAAGCAUUGCAAUAUUAUGCAACUCAUACAGCUCAAAUUGAGAUCGUUAGGCACGACAGAACGUUGGAACAAAUCGUGUUUCCAAUUCCAGAAAUUUGUGAACUUAUAACCGUGGACACAAAGAUCAAAGUAUUACAUACCACAGAUCGCGACGAUCAAGGAUCUAAAGUAUCUGACUUUUUCGAAAGAACCGAAGAUAUGUUUAAUGAAAUGAAGUGGCAGAAAAAACUUAGAGGUCAACCAGUACUAUUUUGGAUGAGCAGUUACAUGUCAUUAUGGAGUAAUAUUUUAUUCAAUUGUGCAGUGCUCAUAAACCUUAUCGUAGCUUUCUUUUACCCAUUUGUCGAUUCUGUGCCUCAAUUAAGUUCACACUUGUCUGGUCUCAUUUGGACGGUUAUGCUUUCAUCUUUGGUUAUUAUUGUUACAUUGCCACGAGAAUCUGGUAUACGUACGUUAGUAGCUUCAACAAUAUUACGACUGAUUUUUUCGAUAGGACCCGAACCAACACUAUGGUUACUUGGUUUUGUUACGGUUGUAUUAAAAGUUGUACAUCUUAUAAGUAUUAUAGGUAAUCAGGGCACUUUGACAAAGAGCUUAGAGCAAAUAGUGACGAAUGUUGAAAUUUUGUACCAUAUAUCGUAUCUUAUGUUUUGUGUUCUUGGAAUUUGUAUGCAUCCAUUUUUCUACUCAGUUUUACUCUUCGAUGUAGUGUAUCGCGAAGAAACGUUGCUCAAUGUAAUAAGAUCUGUUACAAGAAACGGGAGAUCAAUUAUACUCACUGCUGUACUGGCAUUAAUUCUAGUUUAUAUGUUCUCCAUUAUUGGAUUCAUGUUUUUCAAAGAUGAUUUCUUAGUAACUGUCGAUGAGGAUGUUGUGUCAUCGUAUACAGAAAGUACCACAGGCACAUGCAAUAUUGCUGGCAACGACAAAUGCGAAGCAACGGAAACCAUGUCUCGAUAUAUUCGUGGAGUUCAUGAAAAAGAUAGUCAUUCGGACGUAAUUAACAUUGGUGGAGAUUUCAAAGAACGGGCAUGUGAUUCCUUGGUUAUGUGUAUCGUAACAACUUUAAACCAAGGUUUAAGGAAUGGUGGUGGCAUUGGAGACAUUUUACGAGCACCAUCCAGUACAGAGCCGCUAUUUGUUGCCAGGGUUGUCUAUGAUUUGCUGUUCUUCUUCAUCGUGAUAAUUAUUGUUCUGAAUCUCAUUUUCGGUGUUAUCAUCGAUACGUUUGCCGAUCUCAGAUCAGAGAAGCAACAAAAGGAAUUAAUUUUGAAGAAUACUUGUUUCAUAUGCGGUUUAAAUCGAUCAUCCUUCGAUAAUAAAACGGUUUCCUUUGAAGAACACAUCAAGCACGAGCAUAAUAUGUGGCAUUACCUGUAUUUCAUCGUUCUAGUAAAAGUGAAAGAUCCAACUGAAUUCACUGGGCCUGAGUCGUACGUGUACGCCAUGGUGAAGGACCGUAAUCUUGACUGGUUCCCGAGAUUAAGAGCCAAAUCGUUGGCAGCGGACGAGGGUGAAGGGGAACAAGUAGAGUUAAGAAGCUUGCAGUCUCAGUUAGAAUCAACGCAACAUUUAGUGAAAUGUUUGUCACAGCAACUUACCGAGCUUCGUGACCAGAUGACGGAGCAACGGAAACAGAAACAGCGGCUAGGCCUCUUAAAUUCUGCGUCCGCAUUUAUACAGACCGUACCCACGUAAAUUUAGGAUAAACGUAAUUCAAGAUUUUCGUUUUUAAUCAUAUAUGAAUCUCAAUUUGAUACUCCGAGUUGAUAUUUGAUGCAUAAGUUGUGUGUUCUUAUUAAGCAUUUAAAGACACAUGAAAGUACUAUGGAGAGUAACACGAAGCAUUUGUACGGUUUUGUUCCUAAUUUUAAUGAAAGUGAUUUACGUAAGUAAUAGUAUCAUUCGAAUUUACUAAGGACAAUAUAUUAAUUUUGUUCUACUUUUAAACAAAAAAUAUAUCGCACGCUGAGUUGUAUUUUUUACUGAAGAAAUUUAACGUGGAAUAUGCAAGUGUUAUUUAGAUGAAAUAAUUUAUGAUAAUUGUUGGAGGUACGUGUUACUUAAAAUUCAAUGAGCGUAAAGAAUUUUGUUUUAAACAGUACGGUGGUAUGGUCAUUUUGAUCGUUACUCGAAUAACUAGCCAGGAGCGUGGGUGGAAGUAUGACUCUGUAAAUUGACAUAUCUAAAAUUCGCAUUGAGAUUUUAACCUUUUUGCGACCUGUUUAACCUGUUUAGGUCUUUAAGAAUGUUAAUGUUUUAUCCAUAUAACGGAUAUGUAAAAAUAAAUGUCUAGUAUUUUUUUUUAUACUUUAGUAAAUUCAUUUCAUGGUUGUGUUUGUAGAUUUUUAAGUCUGUAAAAUAGAGAUACAUUUUAAGAAGCAUACUUUUCUCAUUGAUCAUAUAAUUAUCUUCUUUAACGAGUAUAUAUACAGAUACCAUCAAACAUAUAUUUUUCAAUUUAUUCGGUAAUAUAGAUCAAAAAACGUUCAUAAAUGUUAUUGUUUUUAGAUUGUCAUGUACGUUUUUAAUAAAUAUUAAUUAUCAUCAAAUUACGCACAGAUUUUUAGAUUGUGCCCAUAAGAAAUUCAUUAUGAAUUAAAACUGGUAUCGAACAUCGAACAUUUCUUUCCUGCAGUAAUAAAAAUUAUUUUAACAUUAGGAUUUUAAUAAGAUGCGAUUUACACAAAAUUAAGUAUAGUACAGGAUAUAUAACAUCCACUGUUAACCGCUCGUUUGCAAUAAUUUGAGAAAUUAAUCGUUUUACGGAUUAUUGAACAUACGAGUAUUAUUCGAUUACUUCAUAGAUUUUACAAGUAAUAGACACCAAAAAAAGGAACAACCGAUGAGCUUGUUACAUGUUCAACAGUUUUACAAUUAUUUCUUUUCCCUAUCAGGAAAUGCAGAUCUGAUAUCUCGUGUUUAUAGGUAGUAGAAAGGAGCAAGAAUACACGAUUAAAACGAUCGUGUAACAGUUCCUUAUGUCACUGUUCGUAGACAUUUAUAGCGAAUUAAUGUCAAUAAAUGUUAUUAUUUAAUUGUA